AUGGGCCGCUUUGCGAGUCUUAACCCAGACACCAAGGAUCUGGUCAACUGCCUUCUCCCCGCCUUGGCCUCCUCUUUCAAGGUUUCCGAAGCCGUGGAUAUCAUUCCUGAAGAUAUCCGUAUGCGCGCUUGGGACUGCGAGCGGCGUGACCAUAUCAAGGACCAGACGGAGAAUGACCCGCGUAACUGGGGUGUCCAGUUUCUCAAGGACCUCAUGGCCAUCUCGCGCAUGAAGGGUGGAAACCUUCCCGAGUUCCAAACUGACCUGCGCGCAAAGGUCGCUCUGCAUGAGCCCAAGCACCCGUGGUGCCGUCUAGCUGACAUCAAGGAGCUCAAGGAUGAAUAUGAGAAUCCUAGGCGCAAAGAGGAUGUCAACGCUGAGGAGCAAGCUUCGUCGGAAGAUUCCUAUGACUCGUUCUUCGAGGAACUGGUUGAGCCGGAGGAGCCCAGGGGCCAGAAGCGAGGUCGCAAGGCUCGCAAUCAUGAGGUCUAUGAGGCUCGCGUUCGAGAGUCCACCAAGCGUCGCAAGCAGGCAUCCCAAGGUCGUUUGCGUCGAUCCGAGGAUGGUGGCUUCCAUCGCAAGGACAAGUUCAGUACCAAGCGUCCCUCCGUGGACCGCACUACGCCGAGCAGUAGUCGUCGCUCCGUCCAUCGGGCCUCUAGGACCAUCGAUUCCGACCGCGAAGACUCCGACGACUCCUACGGUGGCAAGUCUCUCCUUCUACAUCCUACGCCCGCCUUCUCUGUUUCUCCUGGUCCUCUAGCCGCCCAUGUGCAUGCCGUCGAGUCUUCCCAUGAGCCACUCGCCGUCCUGAAGCUUCAAGCCGAGUUGGAGGUCGCGGAGGCUGAGCUGAAAGCCGCCCGCUUGAAGUACCAGUACAUUCAGGCGAAGGAGAAGGCCGAGAAGGAGGCUACGUAUAGCGGUAUCGACACCGAGGAUGCGUUUCAUACUGUCAACUAG